AUGUUUCGAAAACAAAAGUUUCUCCCCGUUCUCGCCUGUCUAUUCCUUAUUCUACUACUACGGAAAUACAGAACAACAGACGCUGACUCAGAAAUGGUUACUAAGUACACGGCUCCGGUCGUCAUAAUUGGUUCUGGCCUUGCUGGUCUGGCAACCGCCAGUCAAUUGGUCCUAAAACAUAAGAUCCCAAUCGUGUUAUUAGAUAAAGCUUCCUCCUUAGGUGGGAACUCCAUCAAAGCCUCUAGCGGCAUAAACGGAGCAUUCACCAGUACUCAAAAAACGCUAGGUGUCGACGAUUCUGUGGCUGAUUUCUACCAGGACACAGUUAACUCUGCGAAAAAAGCAGGGGUUACUACUUUGAUGCACAAGCUCUCAAAGGACUCUAGCUCUGCCAUUUCAUGGUUGCAACAAGAAUUCGGCCUGAAGUUGGAUUUACUUGCUCAGUUGGGUGGCCAUUCAGCUCCUAGGACUCACAGAUCUUCUGGGAAGUUGCCUCCGGGCUUUGAAAUUAUUCAAGCACUAUCAAAAUCCCUAAAAGCUCUUUCUGAAUCAAACCCAGAAUUAGUGAAGAUUCAUUUGAACAGUAAAGUGUUUGACGUCGAGAUUGUGGACAACCAAGUUCAAUCAGUUGAUUACUACGAUCAGGACGGCGUCGCUAAACAAAUCAAGACCAAAGGCGUAGUGUUCUGUUCCGGAGGUUUUGGGUUCUCCCAAGAGCUGUUGGAGAAAUACGCUCCUCAACUGAAUGGCUUACCCACCACAAAUGGUGCUCAGACAACCGGUGACGGCCAGAAAUUGAUUGAGAAGCUUGGCGGUAAAUUAAUAGACAUGUCUGAGGUACAGGUGCAUCCAACAGGCUUUGUAGAUCCAUCCGAUCCUAAAAGUAACUGGAAGUUUUUAGCUGCCGAGGCUUUGAGAGGCCUUGGUGGUAUUUUGCUAAAUCCCUUGACCGGGAAACGAUUUGUUAAUGAGCUGAGCACCCGUGAUGUAGUGACAGAUGCCAUCCAGUCCAAAUGUUCUCAAGAAGAUAAUAAGGCUUUGCUUAUUAUGAGCGAGGCGCUCUACUCCGACUACAAAAGUAACAUGGAUUUCUACAUUUUCAAAAAGUUAGUUAAGAAAACCACAGUCGCUGAACUAGCGGAGAGCCUACCCAUCAGCUCCCAAGAUUUGGCGUCCGAGCUACAAAUAUUCAGCUCAUCAUCACCUGAUACUUUUAGUCGUGUUUCUAAAAUAAACGGAUUCGGAGCGAAUGUUGACGGUAGCACUGCCAUUUAUGUCGGAGAAAUUACACCGGUUGUGCACUUCACCAUGGGUGGUGCAAAAAUCGACGAAAAUGCACAGAUUUUGAACGAAAACAACGAACCUGUGGCUAACGGCUUGUACGCCGCCGGUGAGGUCUCUGGGGGUGUCCACGGGGCAAAUAGAUUAGGGGGAUCAAGUCUCUUAGAGUGUGUAGUGUUCGGACGUACAGCCGCCGACUCUAUCGUCUCCAAACUUUAA